UCUCCGGCUCACCGGUUCACCGGUCCGAACAAUCGAUUCACCACCCUCCCAAACCAAACUAGUAAUUGAAAAAAAUUUCUUGUUCUUGUUCUUUGUUGUUCUGGUUCGUUAGACCCUAAUGGCGGGUUCUUCAUCUUCAAUCAUGGACAAUCUCUUCCAACGAACCCUCGACGAUCUCAUCAAAUCCAUGCGUCUUCAACUUCUCAACGAAUCAACUUUCAUUUCUAAAUCAAUUGAAGAUAUUCGUCGCGAAAUCAAAUCCACCGAUCCACAAACUAAAUCCACCGCACUUCAAAAACUAACCUACCUCUCCGCCAUCCACGGCGUCGAUAUGUCAUGGGCUUCCUUCCACGUCGUUGAGGUAAUGUCAUCUUCUCUCUUCUCUCACAAACGAAUCGGUUACCAUGCCGCAUCAAUUUCAUUUCACGAUUCAACUCCGGUUCUUCUCCUUAUCACUAAUCAGCUUCGUAAAGAUCUUUCAUCAACGAAUCAUUUUCAUGCUUCACUUGCGCUUCAUUGUUUAUCAACUAUUGCUACUCUUGACCUCUCGCGUGAUCUCACUCCCGAUCUUUUCAAUUUGUUAUCGUCUUCUAGGGUUUUUAUUAGGAAUAAAGCUAUUGCUGUUGUUUUGAGGGUUUUUGAUAAGUAUCCUGAUGCUGUUAGGGUUUGCUUUAAGCGUUUGGUUGAGAAUUUAGAAAGUUCUGAUCCUCAUGUUGUUACUGCUGUUAUUGGAGUUUUCUGUGAACUUAGUUCUAAGGAUCCGAGACCGUAUCUUCAGUUGGCGCCGGAAUUUCAUAGGAUUUUGGUUAAUUCUAAGAAUAAUUGGAUUCUGAUUAAGGUUUUGAAGAUUUUUGCUAGGUUGGCUCCUUUGGAACCUAGGUUAGGGAAGAAGAUUGUUGAACCUAUUUGUGAGCAUAUUAGAAGAUCUGGAGCGAAAUCGCUUGUUUUUGAGUGUGUAAGGAUUGUGAUUACUAGUUUGAGUGAUCAUGAGUCUGCUGUUAAGUUGGCAGUUUCGAAAAUUCGGGAGUUGUUGGUUGAUCAGGAUCCUAAUCUUAGGUAUCUUGGUCUGCACGCGCUUUCCGUUGCUGCACCGAAGCAUUUGUGGGCGGUUUUGGAGAAUAAGGAUGCUGUGAUUAAAUCUUUGGAUGAUGAAGAUUCAAAUAUUAAAAUUGAGUCCUUGCGGUUGUUGAUGGCCAUGGUCUCUGAGAGCAAUGUGGUGGAGAUAUCUAGGGUGUUGCUUAAUUAUGCAUUGAAAUCUGAUCCAGAAUUUUGCAAUGAGAUUUUGGGUUCUGUUUUAACCACGUGUGGUAGGAAUGAUUAUGAGAUCAUUGUUGAUUUUGAUUGGUAUGUAUCUCUUUUGGGAGAAAUGGCAACGAUUCCUCAUUGCCAAAAGGAUGAAGAAAUUGAGAAUCAGCUUAUUGAUAUUGGCAUGAGAGUUAAGGAUGCUAGAUUGCAGCUUGUUCGGGUUGCUCGUGAUUUGUUGAUUGAUCCUGCAUUGUUGGGUAAUGUGUACUUGCAUAGGAUAUUGUGUGCCGCUGCUUGGGUGGCUGGAGAGUAUGUACAGCUUGUGAGAAAUCCACUUGAACUCAUUGAUGCUCUCGUACAGCCUCGGACCAAUCUCUUGCCGCCGUCAAUACGAGCAGUUUAUAUCAAUUCUGUUCUUAAAGUUUUAUGUUUUUGCCUGGACUGUUACCUUGAUCAAGAUGAAGGUACUGCGUCCUCAUAUUGUGGCAAUUUGGCUGGUGGACAGUCAGAAAUGUUUCUUGUAAAAACACACACUGAAGCUCCUGAAUUAGUGGCAACAACACGUGAAGGUUCAAAUUAUGAACAAGAUGAGGGCUUUAACCCAAGGAAUACAACCAUUGAAUCUUCUGAUGAUCUGUCUGAUGAAAACGAUACAGAUAGAGUUGGCACUCUUUUGUCGAUGAAGAAUUUCACACAUGAAUCUGUUGUAAGUUUAUUAAAUCGAAUUGAAUUAAUUUUUAGUUCACUAACAGCAAAUCAGGAUGUUGAAGUACUAGAGAGAGCACGAAACAUAUUUGCCUUUGUACAGUUGGUUAAAGCAGAAAUAAUUGAUAACUCAGGUCAGAAUGUGGACAAGAAAUAUACUCAAGUUUCAGCUGUUAUCAAAUCGAUCCGCGAUGCUUUUUCCAUGGAACUUGGUCCAGUCUCAAUAAGUGCACAGGGAAGAGUUGCUGUACCAGAUGGCUUAGUUCUUAACGAGAAUCUUGAUGACUUAAAAGCAAUAUGUGGUGAUAUUGAGCUACCUUCAUCAAGUUCGUUUUACACAGGAGGUCCUCAAUUUGGCACUGCUUCGGACGCUUCUUUGUCUAAUCUUCUGAAAAAUGAUGAGUCAGGGCCAUCAAAUGAAUCUACAUCCUUGCUUGAACACCGUAAGCGGCAUGGAUUAUAUUACCUUGCUUCAGAUAAGAGUGAAACUGUUCCAAAUGAUUAUCCUCCAGCAAAUGACCCCAAGGCAAACAGUAAUAUAAAUGAUGAAGCUGAUGCGCUAGCCAAGUUGACUGAGCAAUCACUUCUUUUGAAGAAAAGGACAAAUCAAAUGAAGCCCAGGCCUGUAGUAGUGAAAUUGGAUGAUGGAGAUGCAGCACCAAUUCCAGACAAAAGGCCAGAGCCAAUAAAUGAUUCUCUUUCUGGUGCCAUAAAAGAUGUUCUAGGAAGUGAAGCCAACCUAAGUGUGUCUCGAAGUAAUCCUCUUGAUAAGUCAUCAACUAAGCGGAAAGGGAAGAAGAAACUGGGCACAAAUCUUCCAUCUGAAAUGAAAGAAAAUCUAGGUGAUGCAGAAAAGCCUGAUCCUGAAAAUCCCAAUCCGAGUAGCAAAAGUAAAGAGAGAAGACGAAGAGGUAAAGAGAAGAUCGUUGAAGGGGAAGAACCUGAGCAGAGGGGAAAGAAAAAGAGUAGCCACCGACAUGGAAGGCAUAAAACUCAUCAAAGGGCCAAUUCACCCUUAAAUGUGGUUUCCCAAGCACCAGUAAUUCCUGAUUUUCUUUUGUAGCAGUAAUAGGAUUUUGUUUUUGAUAUAUCAUCAUCUGUUGUUAUUGAUUGAGGCUGUUUACCUGUAUUUUUAGAGUUGAGCCCUUGAGUACUGUAGAUUAUUUGUUCAUAUAAUUUUUUUGUCAUUGGUUUUCAUAUCUUGGUAUUGUUUUCUUCCGUUGUCUGUUUUCUGUACAUGUUAUAGAAUGAGCAUAUUCAAGAAGUGUGAAUUAUCAA